CUCCUCUGAUUGCAUAGUUUCAAAAGCCUGGAAAAAAGCUCAGAGCGAGCCGAAGAGAAAAUGUCUUAUGUUCCACCUCACUUGAGGACAACAUCUGCAACUCGGAGCUCUAUAACUUCUAAACCUGCAUCGGAAACCCUAGAUUAUGAUCAGAAGCAUUCUUCUUCGACUCCUCAUUACUCUUUUCUUCAGUCCAAGAACUCUUCCUCUUCUCUCUCCGGCUUACCUAAUGCCACUCGUCGGACCUCCAGUAGUCUCCCGCCUUCGAGAGCUCUUCCCGUGCCUGAGCCUGUUUUUCAGCAGUGGAAGCCUUCAGAGCGGGUUUUCCGUCUGAAAGCCGAACAGAUUGAAGAGGUUCGCUUGCGAUUGAAUGUUGAUGUUACUGUUGCUUCAGAUUCUGAGCCUGCACCUGCACCAGCACCAAUUGAAUCAUUUACAGAUAUGUGUUUGCAUCCGAGUAUCAUGAAGGAUAUUGCUUUUCAUGAGUACACGAGGCCAACUUCUAUUCAGGCUCAAGCAAUGCCGGUUGCUCUUAGUGGAAGGGAUCUCUUGGGUUGUGCUGAGACUGGGAGUGGCAAAACUGCUGCUUUCACUAUUCCCAUGAUUCAGCAUUGCUUGGCUCAACCUCCUAUUCGGCAUGGUGAUGGUCCUCUGGCUUUAGUCUUGGCUCCAACAAGAGAGCUAGCCCAGCAGAUAGCAAAAGAGGUUAAGGCUUUUAGUAGAUCUCUGGAAUCCUUCAGAACUGCUAUUGUUGUGGGUGGAACAAACAUAGCAGAGCAGAGGUCCGAGCUACGAGCAGGUGUAAAUAUUGUGGUUGCUACACCUGGAAGAUUAAUUGAUCAUUUGCAACAAGGAAAUACCUCCCUUUCUAGGAUUUCAUUUGUUGUUUUAGAUGAGGCUGACAGAAUGCUGGACAUGGGUUUUGAACCGCAGAUAAGAGAGGUGAUGUGUAACCUUCCAAAAGCGCAUCAAACUUUGUUGUUUAGUGCAACCAUGCCUGUGGAGAUUGAAGCACUUGCACAGGAGUAUCUAACUAACCCUGUCCAAGUAAAAGUGGGCAAAGUAAGUAGUCCUACAGCAAAUGUAUCUCAAAUAUUGGAGAAAGUCUCUGAAAGUGAAAAGAUUGAUCGGCUUCUAGCUUUGCUUGUAGAUGAGGCUUCUCAGGCAGAAAGAUCUGGCCAUCCACAACCCCUGACCAUUGUUUUUGUUGAGAGAAAGACUAGGUGUGAUGAAGUCACAGAAGCUUUGGUAGCCCAAGGUUUGCAUGCUGUUGCUCUUCAUGGUGGCCGUAGCCAGAGUGAAAGGGAGGCAGCUCUUCGUGAUUUUAGAUCUGGUGCUACCAAUGUUUUGGUUGCUACUGAUGUUGCUUCUCGUGGUUUGGAUGUAACAGGAGUUGCUCAUGUUGUUAAUCUAGAUCUUCCAAAGGCAAUGGAGGAUUAUGUUCAUCGAAUUGGAAGGACGGGUCGUGCUGGAUCUACAGGACAAGCUACAUCAUUUUAUACUGAUCGUGACAUGUUCCUUGUGGCACAUAUAAGGAAAGCAAUUGCAGAUGUGGAAUCUGGAAAUGCUGUGGCAUUUGCAACAGGGAAGGUUGCAAGAAGGAAAGAGAGAGAAGCUGCUGCUGCACAAAGAGAAGCAAAGCUUUCACUAUCGAAGCUCUCUGUGCUGGGUCCAGCAUCAAUAAACAUUGAGGACAAGUACAGGUAUAUGUUAACCCCAACGAUCAUGAAGAAGGAGGGCGCUGCUGAUGAUGCUUGGGACGACUGAGAUAAAAUUCUGUCUACCACGUCGUGCUUCAAAGAUGUUUCAUGUACUUCAUGCUUGAGGCUCCAACCAUCAUUAACAAUAGUUAAGGUUCGUCUCUCCCCUCCUGUCUUUUGUGUUUCUGUUAUUUUUAUAUGGUUUUGGGGUUUCUCCUUUCUGUGACCAACUUAUUAGUCAUGGAUGCAAUGAGCUUCAUGAAAGCCAUCUUUCUAUCAUAGCUCUGACCUGUUUAGCGUGUACUCUGCAUGUCUCUGGCUGUGUAUUAUAAACCGUCUGGUUGGUGAGAAGAAAUUGUGUUUUCACAGGUGUAUGACUUGUGGCUUGGGGGACUUGCAAAAUAUUUUGAUUAGAAAGCAAAUGUAAUGUAAGUCCAUUUACGUUUAUAUUUUCGUCUGAAUUUUUUAACCAAUUUUUGUUAGCAUGUAUCAAGGAUUAAUCUUUUGAUAUUAUCUAGGUGUUAGUAAUAGUGGCUUAUAUUCAGAGCAUGUUGUGGUUGGAUCUUAGUAAAGAAACUUGUCAGUUUGG